AUGGCCUCCACCGCCAUGCCUCUGCCUGUCAAGGCCUCGCUGCGGCGCAACAUCACCGACUCGACCGAGUCCUCUGCGGCCGUCUCGCCCAUGGACUCGCCCAGACCCUCUGCCUCGUCUACCUCGCUCUCGUCCAUGUCCUCGGUUGAUGUCAACGCCGCCAAGCCCAACUUUGGCCGCAUGGUCGACACCUACGGCAACGAGUUCACGGUGCCCGACUUCACCAUCAAGGACAUCCGCGACGCCAUCCCCAAGCACUGCUUCCAGCGAUCCGCGCUCAAGGGCUACUACUACAUCCUGCGCGACAUGGCCUGCCUGGCCACCACCUUCUACGUCUUCCACAACUAUGUCACGCCUGAGCUAAUCCCCUCCACGCCCGUCCGCGCGGGGCUCUGGGCGCUGUACACGGUCCUGCAGGGCCUGUUCGGCACCGGCCUCUGGGUCAUUGCCCACGAGUGCGGCCACGGCGCCUUCUCCGACUCCAAGACGCUCAACGACUUCACCGGCUGGGUGCUGCACUCGGCGCUGCUGGUGCCCUUCUUCAGCUGGCAAAUCUCCCACCGCAAGCACCACGCCGCCACCGGCAACAUGGAGCGCGACAUGGUCUUUGUGCCUCGAACCCGCGAGGAGCAGGCCACCCGUCUCGGCAAGCUGGUCCACGAGCUGUCGGAGCUCGCCGAGGACGCGCCCGCCUACACGCUCUUCAUGCUGGUCAUGCAGCAGCUCAUCGGAUGGCCCAACUACCUGCUGACCAACGUCACCGGCCACAACUACCACGAGCGCCAGCGCGAGGGCCGCGGCAAGGGCAAGCACAACGGCGCGGGCGGCGGCGUCAACCACUUCAACCCCUUCAGCCCGCUGUAUGAGCACCGCGAUGCCCUGCUCAUCGUCUACAGCGACAUUGGCCUCGCCCUGGCCGGCACCGCGCUCUACUACCUCGGCAGCACCUUUGGCUGGUCCAACCUGGCCGUCUGGUACUUUAUCCCGUACCUCUGGGUCAACCACUGGCUCGUUGCCAUCACCUUCCUCCAGCACACCGACCCGACCCUCCCCCACUACACCGGCGAGCAGUGGAACUUUGUCCGCGGCGCUGCUGCCACCAUCGAUCGCGAGAUGGGCUUCGUCGGCCGCCAGCUGCUGCACGGCAUCGUCGAGACCCACGUGCUGCACCACUACGUGGCCACCAUCCCCUUCUACAACGCCGACGAGGCCUCCGAUGCCAUCCGUCCCGUCAUGGGCAAGCACUACCGCUCCGACACAAAGGACGGCGCCCUGGGCUUCAUCCGCGCCAUGUACCGCAGCGCUCGCAUGUGCCAGUGGGUUGAGCCCAGCAAGGACGCCGAGGACGCCGGCAAGGGCGUGCUCUUCUUCCGCAACCGCAACGGUCUGGGAACCAAGCCCCUGGUGAUGCCCAAGCCCGAGUAA